AUGGCAGUAUCAAAAAGGGUAAGAGCCAUAAUAGAUUUGGCCACAGUGUUUGCCAUUGGCCUCAACAUAUUUGUCUACUUCUACCCUGAUAUACUAAACGAACCUCACCAAUGCAAUUGGCACAAUUCACCAUCUUUAGAACCCAAAUACAAUAUACUUGAAAUCGUGCCACAGCAAUAUCUUCAACCUAUACUAAGUACAGUUCCCGGCUUAUGCAAAGAGGAAAGCAAUGAUGUACCUGCUUUUAUUAAGAAAGAUCAAAAUGAGAUCCAUAUGUUGUUAUUUGGUGAUCCUCAAAUUAACGGCAAUUGGAAACUGACGAAAUAUAUCAAACGAUUGGACAACUAUGGUAACGAUUACUAUCUUGGUCACAUUUACAACACCAUGUAUAAUCGAUUACAUCCAUCACAUGUAGUGGUGAUGGGUGAUUUAUUCUCAAGUCAAUGGAUUUUGGAUUCAGAGUUUUAUAAUCGUACAUAUCGAUUUGUUGAACGAUUGUUUCCUAGAGAUGAAGAGUAUAAGCAACAUGUGAUGGAAGCAUAUACCAAGCAUGAGGAUUACAAUUGGCGUAAAUGGCUUGAAGAUGAAAAAAAGAUGGAUCCAUUACAUCGAUUCAAAUCUAGAGUGUAUAACAAUGUUUAUGAUUGGGUACAUCAAGAUCGGCAAACACCAAAUUAUGAAAACCCAUUGUUCAUUAACUUGACUGGUAACCAUGAUAUUGGUUACAGUGGUGAUGCAACGUGGCAACACAUGGCUAGAUUCCAUUAUUUGUUUGGUCAAAAUAAUUAUGUCAUCAAUUACAACAAAGGCACCAACCGUGAAUGGAGGAUUGUUGUUGUUGAUUCAUUAACACUUGAAGGGCCAGCAUUACAACCGGAAUUUAUCAAUUAUACAUGGUCAUUUUUGGAACAUCUACGUGAUCAUGAAAACCCCACUUUCAAAGGCACGACAAUCUUGUUGACACAUAUCCCCAUGUACAAACGAGCAGGAUUGUGUAGAGAUGGACCUGAACAUCGAUACUAUGAUGAAACUUAUGAACGUGAACCAUUCAAAAUUGGCUUGUUGCGUAGUCAGAACCAUUUGUCGUUUGAAACAACUCAACGGUUAUUAAGUAUUGUGUUUCCUAAUGAUGAUCAAGGGGGAAUUAUACUUACAGGACAUGAUCAUGAGGGGUGUGAUGAUUGGUACAAUUUUGAUUCCCAAAAUAGUACAUGGGUGGCGUCAAAGACGAAAAACACAACCUCUCCCAAACAACCAGUGAGGGAAAUUGUAGUUAGAUCAAUGAUGGGUGAUUUUGAUGGUCAAACUGGUAUUUUAACUGGUGAAUUUAAGCAAAAUCGCUGGCAGUUUAAUUUCACUUACUGCUCAUUCACGGUUCAACAUUGGUGGUGGGCUAGUAAAGUUGCCAUUUUGAUUGCCAUUUUAUUGAAAUCAAUUACAAUUUUGAUUUAG